AUGCCUGAUCACAAGUUGGUUCUAAAAGAAGGUGCACCCAUCAUGCUCAUGCGAAAUCUUGACAUUUCCACUGGUUUAUGCAAUGGUACAAGACUUAUUGUUGACUACCUUGGUCCAAAUGUAAUUGAUGCUAUUGUUCUUUCUGGCACACAUAUUGGAAAGGUUGUAUACAUUUCUAGGAUGAAUUUGAUGCCAUCUGAUGAAAGCAUGCCUGUGAAGUUUCAAAGAAGACAAUUUCAUUUGAUUGCAUCCUUUGCAAUGACAAUAAACAAAAGUCAAGGGCAAUCAUUAUCUCAAGUCGGUGUUUAUCUACCAAAGUCUGUUUUUUCCCAUGGCCAGCUCUAUGUUGCUAUUUCUAGAGUUUCGCCUGCUAUGUUUAGUAUUAACUUAAUUGGCAACAUUUGA